AGCAGAAUGAAUUAAUAUAAGAGUGUGAUUCAUUCAAUUUUUCUGGUUGGAGAAAGCCAUGGCAUUCAAAUUUUCCCUACUAGCUUUGUUUAUGCUUGUGGUGUACACCUCGAGUGCUUGUUGCUUAUCAGUUGGAGGAAACCUGAAGCACAUUUCAGCAGGCGUGGCCUACUUGUGGGGCGUCAACAAAAACGAUCAAAUUUCCCGAUGUGAACGACCCUGCAAAAAUUGGGUGAAAGUUGGUGGAAGUCUCAUGCAGAUUGAUGUUGGAGAUGACGAAGUGUGGGGAGUGAAUAAAGCAAAUCAAAUCUUCAAGAUGGCUGCAGAUGGAACUGGUGGUUGGCGACGUAUCAGUGGUAGCCUAAAGCACGUAUCGGCAUCCGGAAAUGGUUACAUCUGGGGAGUGACUAAGAACGAUGAUAUCUUUAAGUGCAGAAAACCAUGCCUUGGAAAAUGGAUUCGCGUUGGCGGGAAGCUCAAGCAAAUUGAUGGUGGUCAUAAAUAUGUGUACGGUGUCAAUAAGAACAACGAUGUGUUCUCUAUGCGAGUGGACGGAACAGCUGGUGGCUGGAGACAUAUUCCUGGUCAGAAGCUAAAAUACGUGACUGCUUCAGGAACGAAUGACAUAUUUGGAGUGAGCACCAACAAUGAGAUUUUCCGAUGCCCAAAGCCAUGUGUUCAAGGAGAAUUUGAGAAGAUGCCUGGGAAAAAAGUGGAGCAAUGUGAAGCUACUAUAGAUGGGAUCUUCGGAGUCAGCUCUGGAUAUUUCCACACUGUCAUUGGAAAGUGAAAAUCAAAGAACAUGCAUGAACCAUUGCAGAAUGAUGCAAUUUGGGUAGAUCUAAGUAAAAAACAAUAAUUAGCUAUAGUUAUAAUUAUGCUGCCAUAAUAUAGAGUAUGAGAGUCAUACAAAUUGUAUAUACUUGAACAUUGUAUUUGUAGUGUUCUGAGUGAUUAUGCAUGGUUAUUGUGUAAUUAUUGUGAUGUCAUCUUCUUGCA